GUAGAAGUGGUUGUUCAUAUUUGGUACCAAUAUACAAGGCAUAUCAACUUGAGCAUAAUGGCACCUAUUUCGACAGAAUUGGCUACUCUUCGCGCGCUUACAUUUCGCAUUUCCUCGACACCCACUGCACAGCUGCCUCAGCAUGUGCCUGCGAUAGCUGCAUCUUUGACGAAUUGCCGAACACUGCUAUCUACGGCUCAGGCAUCGGGAUCCAAGACGGCUUCUGAAGCUUCCGUAGCUGCCCAUAAGUACCGGACAUUACUAUCGACGCUGCUCCAAGAUCGGUCUAUCCAAGGAAGAUGGGCUGCCAUAGUACUUAUCAAAUCUACCAUUGAGAUCGGUGGCUGGGAAACUCUUCACAAGAGUCUUCCUUGGGUACGCGGCCUCCUUGGAAUCCUGACGAAGCCGGAUCCACCAACUUCCAAAAAGCUGUGCAUCAUCACAUUGGUCCGCAUCUUCAUCCUUACUCGCGAGUAUCCCACGUUGAUCCGUGAGAUUACCACGCCUUCUCUGCCAACAUUUGUGCAAACAUGUCUUCAAAUCACCUCCUCCCCAGCUGUUCCAGUUGGUCUUUUGCAAAUCGUCUUGGAGAGCUUCAAUCAACUACUUCCACGCCACCCUACCAUCUUCCGGUCUUACCUAAAGCAACUGAAUCAACUGCUGGGGCACACGAUGGCGCCCACUCCUUCCAGCAGACUCGGACGCGAACAGAUUUCAGGUCCGCGAUACCAGAUUACAUCACCAGUCUCCGACGCCGCCCGAGAGCUAUACACGCAACUAUCGUACAGUGCACCUAAAGGAAUGUCUGGUGAAGAGUGGCAGGCCUCGUUCAAGAAGAGUGUAGACAGUGUACACCGAGUUGCCGACCGAGUACUCCGAGCUGUGGUAGAAGAUUGGAAAUCCUCCCGAAAUGAGAGCCAGCUGACGAAUAGCGCUACCGUUGAUGACGAAGUGCAAGAGCUCGAGGAUACUAUCAUGGGCUUAUCACCCUGGUCUGGCAUCUUCGCUGGCGGAGAACGACUCGUUAAUCUCCUCAAGUUAAUCACAAUCCAUUUAGAAUGUGCAACUGCGGGACCGAUCAAUCUCAACGUCGGAACUAUUUUCGAUCUCUCGAUGCGCCUGCUCUCUGUCACAGUGCCUUAUACGUCUACCAAUAAGGACCUCCAGAACUACAUAAGGUUCAACAAUCAAGUCAGCAAGGAAGAGCGAGAAAAUCUUUGGUUGAUUCUCCCGAAACUUCAUGUAGCAGUGGUCGAAGUGCUGCUCGCUUUAAGUUGCCGGAUCAAUGAUACUAACGCUUGCACCGACGGGAUCGUACUGGACCAGCUGGCAGUGGUGUUUUCGGCAGAGAAAACCAUACCAGAAGUUCGCACCGCUUGCUAUCUGGCUAUAGCCCAGAUACUAGAACGAUCAGGCACCACGCUGCCAAAAUCCUCGAUCGAUCCAUUGGCCACACUUAUCCGUUCGUGCUGCGACGACAUCCUUCCCGUGGAAAAGCUCAACGCGCCCUCCAAACAGACCCCUCAACAAGACAAAACUAACGGGAAACAAAAGCAAGCGUCUAUGAACGCCGACUCGUUCCUGAAUUCCUCGAACGAGUACCAAAAUCCUGCAGCGAACCUUGCAGGUCUUCAAGAAGCCGCCUAUGCUCUUGUCACCGUGUUGAUAACGAAUAUCCCGCAUCACCUGUCGGACUCGUUGAGAACCCGUUUGGACCGUACGGCCAUCCUCUCGGGCCACAAAAAGGCACUCGUGUCUAGCGUCUUGAACCCGCCCCCGAGCAAGAAAUUCGGAAAGCCGGUCUCGAGCAUACUGCCGCUUUUGGCGCGGACGAACUUCAAUGAUCAAGAGGUGGAAGCUUUGAUCAAGCCCAGGAUGCCCGUGAUACGACUUGGCAAGCAGAGCGCGGACGACGAAGAUGUCGAGUUGGAAGACGAAGAAGAUGAAGAAGAAGAGGAGGAGCCGCAAGACGAAGAAGAGGAAGAGGAAGAGGAACACGAGAAAUUCGUCGGCCACGAACUAGAUUCAUUGCUGGAAACCGCAAACGAAGCAGGACGUCACAGCACCAACAACGUGGAUGUGGCUAUGAUGGAAAUCACUGAACGACCCGCCGCUCUUACCGGUCCCAUACCGUCUUUCAACACCUCGCGUUUCGAUGCCGAAGCCUCCGCGGGCAACAAGAGGUCGCAAGAAGGCAUCGCUCCGCCGUCGCCGGUGAAGCGGCCGAGGAUCGAUCAGAGUGAAGCUGUUGCGCCCACGCAGGUUGCUUUGAAUACGCAGACUGUGUCUUCGGAUGUUGGGGAUUCUACGUCAGUGGAAGCUGUAGUGGUACCGGCUACAAUGCCACAGUCAUCGAUUGCGCCAGCGGCGGUGGAACAGGAGAUCGUUAAGAGUGAUGACGAUGAUGAGGAUGUUGUGCCUCUUGUUUUCGGGCAGGAUACGGACGAGGAAUCAGAUUAG